ACCGCGAGCAAGCGAGCAGAGCAAGCGAGAGCGAGACUGGGUAUGGCUGAGGCCGCGACCCAUUCACGACCUAUCCCGAGCGGAUGGUCAGACAGCAGUGACGAUGGCAACAACAACAGAGACGGUGCGGCAGCAGGAUGGGGCGGUGGCGGUUUUGACGACAGCAGCAGCGACGGCGGCUGGAGCGGUGGCAGGGGCGGUGGCGGCAUGCGGGAGUUCGAGCGGAGCUCGGCCGAGAACACUCGAGAGGCGCUGCUCGACAACGACGCUCUGCUGCUCCGCGAGCCGCCCGCCCCGGCGAACGCCGGCAGCGCCGACAACGACAGGAGGCAGACUUCUCCUUUGUCGCCUCCGCCGCCACCGCCAGUGCCGUUGCGGUAUGUCCCGGGGGACCCUUUCGCCAACGAAGAGGCCGACGUCGGGGCUUGGGCGAAGCACUUCACCUAUCUCUCUGUGGUCCCAACGGAGAGGGGGGAAGGAGGCGAUGCGGAGAAACGGAACAACGAUAACGCGGGCGGUGGGUUGUUGGAACGGGGCCCCGUGGCGGAACCUCCUCCUGUGCGGGAUGUGAUGGAGACGGACGAGGAAACGGGCGGAGUUGCGGCUGUUGAGGGUCGUAGAAUACAAAUACAAGACUUAGCACCGGAAGUGGCGGCGGCAGAGCUGGCACGGCGACGAUCAGAGGAAAGACCGCAGGAGGAGGAAGUCUUCGCGAGCCACGGCGUGUACGAGGAGUACCUGGCGUACGACUGCCGACCCCCCGGCUUCGACGACGUCACUUCUCCGGGCGGAGAAACCUCGGGGGCUGGAGAAGAGGACUCCAGAUUAGCGGCCAAGGUUAGCGGGGCUUGGGCUACGACCGGGGUUGUUCCGGACGCCACCUCCGCCGUGGGACGGGGGGCGUGGGUGAGCAACAACGCUGCGUCAGAAUCACCAGCUCUAGGGGCAAGUACGACGGGGGGCUUGCACCGAGCGGUCGCGAGACUCGACACGCCGCAGCGUGAACUUAGGCAGGAGAUCAUGGACCGCCUGUUCGACGAGCUGUGGGAACGAAUCACGCCGGACUUAAUGUUGCUUCUUCGGCAGCAGCAGGCGGCGGGCGGCGGCAGGAGAAGAGGGGAGGGGGGGGGGGGGGGGGGGGGG